AUGUCUGAAAGUAGUUGGGUCACUCCCUUCUCGGUUGUGACACAUAUUCUCAGGAGGGCAAUACGCCGCCAUGCUAUAUGGUACUUGGGCCAACUUUUGAACGCUUUGAGAGUCAAUCACUCUCUCGCUAAGUCUCUCUUACUCACCCCAUGUUCACCAUCUCUUUCUUACUUUUAUUCUCCAAUUUCAACCCCUUUCUCCGUAGAAAGUCUACAUCUGCUGGCGGUUAGGCGACCACGUUCUCGUUCUCUCAGAAAUAAGUGUCCUCUAGCACUUAAAUCACAACACUGGUUUUGGAAAAAUUCGAAAUUCUUCACCCAUAAUGCUCCGAACCUCCCCGGUUUUGACUUCGACGCUGUGAGCCCAUUCUGCUUCGGGCCGUUCUGCGUGAAGUCUCCAGUCUCCAACUACGCCGACUGGUUCAAGACAGGAUCACCCCUUCCCUCCGACCUUCACGUCAAGGAGAUCUUCCAGAACCCAGUCUUCCUCAUCAUGAAAUCGCUGGAGAACCCAGCCAAGUUCAAGCUGGCCCUCGCCAUUGACGGAGUCCAGUCCAUCUUCACCGACCCUAACUUCAAGAUCUUCAAGGACUUCCUGCAGACGCCCAUCGAGAAGAACGCCUUAGUUUUCCCUCCUCACCAGUUCUUCAACACUAGACUGUACAAGUCUCAACUGGACGGCGUCAUUCUUCCCCAGAUCUUCAACGUCGGACAACUUACCAAAAUCGCAGCCAGCUUCAAGCAUAUUCCAUUCGUCGCCUUCUUCGAGAAAUCUGACUUUGAUAUCUACCACUUUGACAGCAUCUACGACUUUGGCAAGUUUGCUGUCUUCCCUGAUUUUAUUGAGCCUGUCGUCGAGAGCCCAGUCCCUGUUCUCAUCAAGAACAGCAUCCACUAGUCAUCCACUUCACUAGCCUUUUUGAUACUACUUCUUGUUAUUUUUAUAUUUGAAAAUGUUGUGUACCCCAUCAUCGUUUAUAAUAAACAUUUAUUUUUUUAAUAACU